GUUCAGUCUAUUAUCUGGUUGAGAACCGACCAUGGAAUCGGCUAUUUCAGAGAAUCUGACCCUCAAAUGUGGGCUACAGAUGAAGAAUCGUUUGGUGAAGGCUGCAAUGGCAGAACAUAUGUCUGACGGUGAUAACCUGCCUACACAGCUCCAUAAUCGCGCUUAUGGCGAGUGGGGACGGGGUGGUUGGGGUAUGCUUCUGACAGGAAACGUUCAAGUGGAUAGGAUGUACCUUGGAGAUGCGCAUGACCUUGCACCAAAUCCAGCUAUCGAACCAGAGCUGAUCCGCAGAUGGAGCGAGUGGUCCGCUGCUUGUACGAAACAUGGCACGCCAACAGUCAUGCAAAUCAGUCACCCUGGAAGGCAAUCUCCCAUGGGUGCGGGGUCGCGGUGUCUCACUGCAAAGAAUGUAGCGCCCAGUCCCAUACCGUUGAACAUUGGUUCGAGAAUCGUGGAUAGGGUCGCGAGCUCGGUGAUUUUCGGUACCCCGAGGGAGAUGACCCAGAAGGAUAUCGAUCAUGUGGUUGAGCAGUUCGUUUAUACUAGUCGGUUGGCAUCACAAACAGGGUUCCAGGGAGUGGAGUUGCAUGCAGCACAUGGAUACCUUUUGUCCCAAUUUCUGUCGCCUACGGCGAACCUAAGGACGGAUAGCUAUGGCGGUUCGCCGGCUGGCCGUGUGAAGAUUAUUGUCGAUAUCAUCCGUGCGAUUCGCAAAACGGUUCCUGCGAAUUUCUGCGUGGGGAUAAAGUUGAACUCAGUCGAUCAUCAAUCCGAAAGUGCAUUGAAGGCCUGUGUUGAGCAGCUCAAGCUGAUCGUUGAGGCGGGUGUGGACUUUGUUGAAAUCAGUGGUGGGUCGUACGAGGAUCCCUCGAUGAUGAGUUCCUCCACAUCAUCUCAACAGCCCGAAAAGUCCGCUCGGACGGUGGCUCGGGAGGCAUUCUUCCUGGAGUUCGCCAGCGCUAUCCGAGCGCAAUUCCCAGGGACUCCAUUGAUGGUGACGGGCGGUUUCCGUACCAGAGCUGGAAUGGAGAAGGCACUGACAGAUGGGGACUGCGACAUGAUUGGGAUUGGGCGUCCAGCAGUCCUCAAGCCGACUUUACCGAAUGACAUUCUAUUGAACCCAGAUGUCCCGAAAGAGAGCGCACGGCUUGUCACGCAACAGAUAAGACAGCCUUGGAUCCUCAAAAUGUUGAGCAACAGAUCGGUUGGUGCUGGCCUUGAAAGUAGUUGGUAUAGUAGCCAGAUAGAGAAACUCGGUCGUGGUAUUGCCCACACGUUUGCGUGA